CAUUACCAGUGAGCUGCGGGGGAAGUCUGGAAUCUUCUGUCGUCCUCUGUAGGCAGCGUCUUGGGAUCGUUUGUUUGUAUUCACCCCUUUCAUUAGCGUCGCCUUUGAGAUGGCCCAGCGUCUUGCGUGUAGCGGCCGGCUUGGCUCUUCCUCGGCAGCAGGUGGAGGAGCCGGAGCCGUAGUAGUGGCUGUACCACCACCAGCAGCAACCGUGCCGGCCGGCGACUUCCUGCGUGGGCAUAAACUGCAAGGACCGGCGGUGUUGGCUGUAGAUCUUCCUCGAGCCAUUGGAACCGGCGAAACGCUGCCUGUCGCCAAGAAAAGGGGAGCCAUGAGCAGCUCCCUACCGUAUUUCUGCCAGGGAGAGGUGGUGCGGGGCUUCGGGAGAGGCUCAAAGGAGCUGGGCAUCCCCACAGCAAAUUUUCCUGAGCAUGUUGUGGAUAACAUUCCCACUGACUUAACUACAGGCAUUUACUUUGGAUGGGGAUGUGUCGGAGGUGGUGACGUUUACAAAAUGGUUAUGAGCAUCGGCUGGAAUCCUUAUUACAAAAACACCAAAAAAUCUGUGGAAACGCACAUUAUUCAUCGAUUUGAUGAAGACUUCUAUGGAGAAAUUCUUCGAAUAGUCAUUGUUGGCUACAUUAGACCAGAAAAAAGUUUUGAGUCGCUGGAUGCCCUUAUUGCUGCUAUACAUGGUGACAUUGAGGAAGCCAAAAGACAGCUGGACCUGCCGGAAUUCAGAGAACUCAGAGACGAUUAUUUUAACGCUGCAUCUCCUAAAAUAAUGAAUGGCCAUUAACCCAAGCUACCGUUGUGGCCACAUCCUACUUGGACACAUGUUUGGUUCUUGCUGGCUUUAAGGUUUAUUUUAUUUGUUUUAUUUAAAAUAGUGAAUCAAAUUGAAAUAGAAAAGUAUAAC